AUGGCGCGCCUGCGGCGAUCUUGCAAUGCGCGCAAUGCGAGAUGUCGUCGUCAAAAGGUUGUGGUGAGCAGCGCCUAUGUGCUGCUUUCCGGCGGAAACUCUGCAGCAACGCCGCCGGGCGUGGAGGUGGCGUUCCUGGCGCCGGGGAAGAUCAGCAGUCGGCAUGUGGCCAAGGUGCUCGGCCUCGUCGCAAAGAAAUCGGACGUCCAAGCCGAGGGAACGCUGCUGGUGCUCAGGGACAAGACGAUGUCCAGCAAGUACACUCUGGUGCUGGCGCUCGUGGCCUUAGUGGCAGAGGACCCGGAGAAAUUGCCCGCGCUCAAGGAGCUGGUGCUGCGUUCGGCGACUGAAGGUCAGCUGCCGGUGGAGCAAUGGCCCCAGGAGCUGCAAGCUCUGGUGGGCCCCCCGGAUGCGGAGAUACAUCCAGAGCUGCUGGCGGAGGCCUACGUGAUCGCCAGGCACGGGGAUGGCCCGGACUGGGACUUCAUGGCCUCGCUGCUGGGCGCGUAUCGCCUCCGAGAGGGCCAUUCAGAGGUGCCGCCCAACCACCGCGAGGUGGGCCUCGAGCUGGGCGAUUGGCUCGCCGGCCAGCGCGUCCGCGCGGCCGAGGGGCAGCUGGGGCCCGAGCGCUUCCAGCGGCUCCAGGACUUCGGAGUUUGCUUCACCGAGCAGAAGCUGGAGUGGCAGCGACGCUACAGUCAGCUCAUGGCUUUCCGGAACCUCCAAGGAGACGCGGACGUGGAAGAGCUCAGCCGCUGGAUCAAGGACCAGCGCUCCAAAAGCCGCCGAAAGAAGCUAAGCCAAGCCCAGAGGCGGCAGCUGGAGCUGUUGGGCAUCGACAUGCCCGGAGAGCCAGCGGCGAGCCGCGAGGAGCUCUGGGCCGCGAAGCUGGCGGCGCUGAAGCGCUUCAUGGAGCGGGAAGGCCAUGCAGAUGUGCCCAGCAAGCACAUGGAGGACGGCAUCAAGCUGGGCGCCUGGAUCGACUCCGUGCGCUCCAGCUUCAAGGCGGGGAAACUGCCCGCGGCUCGGGCUGCGCAGCUGCAGGACUUGGGGCUUGAGCUGAAGCAGCGCCGCGCGCAGUUCGACAGCUACUUGGAGGCCUUGGAGCAGUUCGUCGGCCGCGAGGAUCACAGCCACGUGCCGCUCUGCCACGUGGAGGGCAAGUUGGCGCUGGGCCAGUGGCUGGAGAGCCAGCGCCGAUGCGCCUUCUAUGGGAGAAUGGAGGAG